AUGGGCCGGUUCGAGGCAAGCUGCACAGCGGCGAAGGAGCCCCCCCAGGAGCCGCCUGUCAAGCGGUCACGACUCUGGGACUGGCUACAGAAGUCGACAGAGGCCGUUGGCGAUGGCCGCGAAGUGCUCUCUCCUGCUGCAGAGAAUGCAGCAACAGUCGAGGGCCCAGUUGCGGCGGACACCGACUUCAUGGACAACGAGGAGACAGGAGAAGCACUAGAAGACGGCUUUGGUGAGGAAGAAGCUCCUGCCACUGGUGCUGAAGAGAGUCGCUCGCUCAAGCUGGGCGGACUGGCACCGUCCACAACCCUUCUUGACAUCACGAGGGUUGUCCGUGGAGGCAUAAUCCUCCAGAUGUUCGUGCGGCCCUGGAAUGGGACGGCUCAUGUCUCGUUUGUCGAACCCGUUGCGGCCAAGAAGUUCUUCGAGCACGCAAAGAUGACUGGCCUUUCUAUCAAGAACCGAUCGGCCACUGUGGAGUGGGAGCUUCAACAAGCCUACCUCAACAACGAUCUUGCCUUUCGCAUUGACAAGUUUGGCGCAACUCGAAACUUGGUCAUUCGCUCCGUCCGACCAGAGAUGACAGCCGAGGCUAUCAAGCUUGACUUGGAGCAUAUCUUCAACCUGUGGAUUGUCGACAUAACAUUCAAGGACGGUGACGCCUACCUGUCACUGAACAGAACCAUCCUCGCUCUCACUGCCAGAAACUGUAUGCGGUCUCGUCGCAGGUACAGGAAGAUGACAAUUUAA